AUGAACUGUUUCAAGCUUCUGGUCUCCCUUUGCAAGCGGAUCCAAUCAGCAGUUACCAGAUUCUGGUGGGACGGUAACGAUGGCAGCAGGAAGAUGGCAUGGAUCUCUUGGUCAAAGACGACGCAACCGAAGGGAUGUGGAGGACUGGGCUUCCGUGAUUUUCAAAGCUAUAACGAAGCUUUCCUCGCAAAGCUCAGCUGGAGAAUUAUUCAUAACCCGACAUGUUUAAUGAGCAGAGUCUUAACCGGCAAGUAUUGUACGGACUCAACGUUCUUGCAAGUACAACACAGAGCAGCUGAGUCGCACGGAUGGAGAGGUGUGUUGAUCGGAAGAGACCUCAUCACAAGUAACUCUGGAUGGGCAGUAGGAAAUGGAGUUUCUAUCAAUGCUUGGACUGGCCCAUGGCUCAGCCUAACCGAGAAAAUACGACCAAUGGGACCUAUGCCGGAGAACCAGAGCACCCUCACCGUGGCAGACCUCCUCCUCCCUGACGGCUCGGACUGGAACAGAGAAGCUAUUCAACUCUACUUUCCUCAGGAAGAAGAAAGAAUCCUUCUGCUUAAACCCAACAAAACUGGAGCUGCGGACAAACUAAUCUGGCUAGGCAACAAGACCGGGGAGUACACGACUAAAUCAGGAUACCACACGGCAAUAAAAGACAGCCUCCCAGACACCGACUCCGCAGCAAGAAAAUUUCGACUGGUAUGGAGGUAUCUGGAAGAUGAACUUAGCACCGAAAGUGAAAGUGUUCCUAUGGAAGAUCUUCCAAGGAGCGUUGCCAGUGGGAGAUAG